AUGACCAAAUCCAUCCUCCUAAUAAACGGCCCCAACCUCAACCUCCUCGGCACGCGCGAACCCACAAUCUACGGCUCCACAUCCCUCUCCGACGUAAUCGCCUCCGCACACAAACAAUGCACCGCGCAAUCUACAAACUUCGCUCACAUCCAAUCGAACCACGAAGGCGUCCUUGUCGAUCGCAUACAUGAGGCACGUGGCAACGUCGACUUCAUCGUCAUUAAUCCAGGCGCUUUCACACAUACGAGCGUGGCGUUGCGAGAUGCGUUGGCGGGUGUCGAGAUACCUUAUCUGAGUGACAAGGCCGAGGCGGUUAUCUGUGGGUUGGGUGUUUUUGGGUAUGAAGCUGCUAUUGAGUUUGCCGUGAGGUAUCUUCGGGAGAAGGAUGAAAAGGCAGCAAAGUUGUAG